UGUUUUUUGUGUUUUUUUUUAAUAAACUUCCUUGUCGGAGUGUACUAUGUGUGUAUGUGUAGGGUUCCUUUUAUUUUCCUAGUUUUUUUCUCUAGCAAUAUUGACCACACUUCAUAAUAAAUGAGAUUAGAUUGCAUUUGGUGCUGUUCUUGCCCAGCAUUGUCUGUGGGAUUAUGCACAUUUGUGUGAUGCCCUGUACCCGUCACUUCUUGCCUCUGCAUCACGUGGGGUCUGAUGGGAAUUGUGCCUUGGGCCAGUGAUAGGCCUGACUUGUGAAUACAGUCCGAGACCAUUACCUUUUGGAGUGGCUACACCUUUGGUGCGAUUUCAGUGUGUUGUCUGAUCACUGACUGGUUGGUCUGGCUUUCCUAAUUAUUUCUGAACCAAUUUUGGUUAGUUUUAUUUUCCGGGAAACUUUUCCAUUCCUUCUGAGUUUUCAAAUUCAUGGGAAUAAAUUCGUAAGUACCGUUAGUUCUCCCUUCAUGUUAGCUUUAUUUUUUUAUUUAAUUUUUUAUUGGAGAUAUGUAGAUAUAUACAUAGAUAGAUAGAUAUACAUACAUGGAUCGGCUGCCUCCUGCAUGGAAACCCUGACUGGGAAUCAAACUGGUCACCUUUUGGUCUCAGGAUGACACUCAAUCGACUCAGCAACACCUGCUAGGGCUCAUGUUUGAUUUUAAAAUGUGAGUUUGUUUCAACAUCGUUGAUAUCAUAGCGAACAAUGGGAGCUUUCUGGUUUUAGACAACUUCUUUCCACCACUUCACAAUAAGCUUGCAGCCCCUCUGACGCCGGGCGUUGGGUCCUUUUCAAGGAAUUAUUGUCAUUCAAAGAUAUAUCCAUGGACUUCACCCGAGAAGAAUGGCAGUUGCUGGAUUCUGCGCAGAAGUACCUGUACAGGGAUGUGAUACUGGAAAACUAUCGCAACCUGGUGUCUACAGGGUAUCAUGGUACCAAACCUGAUCUAAUCUUCAAGUUGGAGCAAGGAGAAGAGCCAUGGACAAGAAAUGCCAAAAUUUCUCAUCAGAGCUGUCCAGAAGUUUGGAAGGAGUGGUACCAGAGGAAUCCAGAUGAGCUUGAAAGUCUUGAGAGAAACCAUGCUUGUAACACAUUUGGAAAACUUCAUCUGAGCAAAACCCAGGCUUCUUCAAGACGAAGACUCCACAAGUGUAACACACUUGGAAAAAGUUUGACACAGAACUCAGGUUUAACCAGAAGCUAUCUACGAAAGAGUCCUGAUAAUUUUCAUGGAUACGAGCCAUCAUAUUUUCUCAAGCAUCCAAGAGCUCACAGUACAGAAAAAAACUGUGUAUGUUGUGAAUGUGGGAAAGCUUUUCGUUGUAAAUCACAGCUCGUUGUUCAUCUCAGGAUUCACACAGGGGAGAGACCUUACGAGUGCACUAAAUGUGAGAGAGCCUUCAGUGCCAAGUCUAACCUUAAUGCUCAUCAGAGGGUUCAUACAGGAGAAAAACCCUACUCCUGCAGCCAGUGUGGCAAAGUCUUCUCGUUCAGGUCACAGCUCAUUGUCCAUCAGGAAAUCCACACGGGAGGGAAACCCUACGGCUGCCCUGAGUGUGGGAAGGCUUAUAGCUGGAAGUCGCAGCUCAUUUUACACCAGAGAAGUCACACAGGUGUGAAGCCCUACGAAUGCGGCGAAUGUGGGAAAGCCUUUAGUUUGAAGUCACCCUUCGUCGUCCACCAGAGAACUCACACAGGGGUGAAGCCCCAUAAAUGCAACGAGUGCGGGAAAGCCUUUCGGAGUAAGUCCUACCUCCUCAUUCACGUCAGGAUGCACACAGGAGAGAAGCCUUACCAAUGCAAUGACUGUGGGAAAGCCUUCCAUAUGAAGACACAGCUCAUCGUCCACCAGGGAGUUCACACGGGGAAUAACCCUUACCAGUGCAGUGAGUGUGGGAAGGCCUUCGGCAGGAAGGAGCAGCUCACGGCACACCUGAGAGCUCACGCAGGAGAGAAGCCCUACGGGUGCAGUGAGUGCGGGAAGGCUUUCAGCAGCAAGUCGUACCUCGUCAUCCACAGGAGGACACACACCGGAGAGAGGCCCUACGAGUGCGGUUUCUGCGAGAGGGCCUUUUGUGGGAAGUCACAGCUCAUCAUCCAUCAGAGAACUCACUCGACGGAGAAGCCCUAUGAAUGCAGUGAGUGUGAGAAAGCCUAUCCAAGGAAGGCAUCGCUCCAGAUACACCAGAAAACUCACUCGGGAGAGAAACCCUUCAAAUGCAGCGAGUGCGGUAAAGCCUUCACUCAGAAGUCCUCUCUCAGCGAACACCAGCGAGUGCACACGGGAGAGAAACCGUGGAAAUGCUCUGAGUGCGGAAAAUCCUUCUGUUGGAACUCAGGGCUCCGUAUACACAGGAAAACGCACAAGUGAAAUUAGCAUGAAGUAGAGGUUAGAAACAUUCUAACAAAACUUGGUCCUUAGAUUUCAGGUGAUGAUAUAGAUAGGAUAUAUAUGCAGGCAGUCCCAAAAAUUCACUCAUAUCCAGUAAGUCAUAUAGGAGAGAAAACAAUCAUAUCUGUAAUGACUGUGCAAACGACUUUAGCAAUAAGUCACACACAAACUUGUUAGAUGAGACUAAAAGAAGAAAUUGAGCAGAACUAUAUCAAAUGUGCUGGCAUCAUUUAUGAAGAUUUUAUUUUGAGAAUUUUAUUGAGAACACUUUAUAAAUGUAUUAAACUGGGAAAGCAUUUUCUCACAGAAAUGUGUUCAAUGGAGAGUCACAUUCCAAAUUUGAAGCUAUGUUUUAGAGUAAAUGAAACAAUUAUAAAUGUAGACUUUUACGUGGUGGAGUAUAAAGGUUUUUAUAUGUAAAUGUCAAGAUUAGGGACAUAUUCUGUAGGGUAAGGAAUAUUUAGGAUGACUUUCAUGAACAGCACUGAAUAUAAUUUUUAAAACUUAUUUUUAUUGACUUUUAUAGAAAGUAGAAGGGAGAGAGAAAGACAUUGAUCAGCUGCCUCCUGCCUGUUCCUUAGCAGGGUUUGAGCCCACAACCCAGGCACAUGCCCGCAACCUUUCAGUGCACAAGGCAGGGCCUCAACAGCACUUAUUAAAAUUUAGUUCUUUUAUUUUUCAAUGUAACUUGUUAUACUCAGUAAUUUGUGGAAUAACACCCCCCAGUAUUCUUCCUGUUAAAUGGUAAUUAUCAGUAUUGUAUCUCUUUCUUAGCAAUAUAGCUAAUAUAAUGUGGCUUUUAAUAAAAGAAAAGGUACGGUUCUCACUCCAAAUGAGUUCGCUUGUUCAGGAGUCCACAUAAGUGAGUCUGGUGAUGAUUACAGGGCUGCUGAAGAGAGCUCCUUGUAGUGAACACUGAGUGUAGUUUAGUGUUCGGUGUCCAUUCCCCUUGACUGAUGAGAGUACUCCAGUUUUCUCUGCAGAGGCACCUCCGUGUGUGUGUCCUGUGGUGUCUGCUCUAGCGACAGGGAGGCAUUAUUCCCUUUGUUGGGUAAUAGUAGCUCUUUUCCAGGAUUUUCAAUUUAAUUCAGUCUCACGUGAACCAUAAAGGAAAUGUGGGUAGUCCUAUGUUCUUCUCCCAGAAUUCUAUUCAGAUGAUCGAUUCCUGCUGUACUGAUAUUCUAGACUAACUCUGAGCACUGUCCCUUUUUGAACCUGGUUUUCUGGCUUUAUGGAUGCUUCUUUGUAUCUUUUUAAUUUAAAAAAAUAUUUUUCAGUUAAAGUUAA